AUGGAGGCAGUGAACAGAAAGGAUUUCUGCCCUAGAAAUGCUUUUAUUGAUAACCCUGAAUCGAUCGGAUAUGGCGCUACUAUUUCCGCUCCGCAUAUGCAUGGCUACGCUUUAGAGAUGUUGGAACCAUACCUAAGACCAGGCAUGAAAGCCCUUGAUAUCGGUUCCGGAUCUGGCUAUCUAUCAGCAUGCAUGGCUCAUAUGGUUGGUGAGAGAGGCAAGGUUGUUGGAGUCGAGCAUAUAAAAGAGUUAGUGGAAGCAUCAAUUCGUAAUUGCCGAAAAAGCCAUUCUGAAUGGAUUGAUAAUGGAUUAUUAAAGCUAAUCGAAGGAGACGGCCGUUUGGGCUACAAGUCUGAAGGUCCGUAUGAUUGCAUACACGUUGGGGCUGCUGCUCCAUCAAAGCCCGAUGCCUUAAUAGAUCAACUUAAUUCACCUGGGAGAUUAUUCAUUCCAGUUGGAACUACAGAUCAAGCAAUCGUGAUCUACGAUAAGGAUAAGGAUGGAAAAGUAUCGGAGAAAAAAUGGUUAGGCGUUCAGUAUGUUCUCUUAACCGAUGCUUCCACACAAAAAGCACGUUUAUAUUAA